CUCCUCCGGUUAGGGUUUAGGGGUUGCCUCGCCUCUGAUCGAACAGUUCAACUUUAAUCCAGUCCCCAAAACACGAAUCCACUUCAGCAAUGGCUUUCUGGGGAAUUGAAGUGAAACCCGGAAAGCCAGUCACUCAUUCAUUUGAUUCUGUGAGAGGAAGACUCCGCAUUUCCCAGGCAACACUAGGAAUUGGUUCUUCAACAAAGAAGAGUUUAAUUCAGUGUAAUGUGGGGAAUAAGAGUCCUGUUAUGCUCUGCGCUCUAUUGCCGGAUAAGACUGAGUCGUGCCAUUUGGAUUUGGAAUUUGAAGAGUCUGAUGAUGUAGUUUUUUCUGUUCUUGGCCCUCGAAGUGUUUAUCUUACUGGUUACUAUGUGGGUAAUUAUCGCCGUUCGAGGCUGGAUGAUGAUACAGAUUCCUUUGGAGAAGACAUUGCAAACACAGAGACGGAGGAAUCUACUCGUUACAGCGAUGAGGAUAAAUAUGAGGACAGUUUCAUUGACGAUGAUAAUCCUGAAAUUUGCCCACCCUCACCUGUUUCGAGUGGUGGAGUUGAUGAAGGGAUGCCGGCUAAGGAGAAGUCAAAAGACAGAAAACACAGCCAUAAGCGACUUAAGAAGAAAUAUCAAUCAAUUGAGUCUAGUGACGAUACUAGUUUAGGACAACAAAAUAUUGCCAUCAAUUCUGGGGUUCUUACCGAAAGUGAAGAUGAAGACAAACUUGUUUUAUCUGCAUUUAAGAGUAAAACAACUGGAAAGAACACAACAGUGGAAGCAGUAGAACAGGCCAACACGGCAACACCUCAGACUGGUGACAAGAAGACUGACGGUGUUGGCACUCGUGUUAAUCCGUCAAAGGGGAAAGCUGAUGAUAUGGCUAUAAAUGGUGAGCCGAAAAAGGACGUGGACCUGUCAUAUAAUUCAUUGCUCCCUUCUGAUGAGGUGAACCAGGAGAAUGGGACAGAGCCACAGAAUCAAAGGAAAGAAUUUUUUAAGCAGGGAAAGACUGUUGAAGAUUAUGUUGAUAAUCAAAGAGAUGCCCUCAUAGAGGGUAAAGCCCAGCUAGAUGAACCCAAGGCCAAUAACAUCAUCCAGGAUCUGCUUUUGGGUACUGGGAAAGAUCAGAAGCCAGCCACUGAUACCAAAGUGGGCCCUGGAUAUGUCACGAAGUCAAAGAAGAAGAGGAAAGCACGGACUGAUGAGGUGAAAGCUCUUGAAACUGAUACUGGCAACAAUAGCAAUCCCCUUAAAGGGGAAAGAGGCCAGCAAGCUGAUGCCAAGGCUGAUAACAAAGGCCAAGAUAAUCUUGUGAGAAAUGACCAAAAGCCAACCACUAAUAUGGAAUUUGAUUUUUCAUGUAAUUCCUUGUUGUCUUCUGGUGAAAUGGGCUCUAAAAAUAGUCCACAAUCUAAGAGAAGAAGGAAAGAAAGGGGUGUGGAUGGUAAAUCUGUUGAUUGUAAUGUUGCAAACAGCAGUAAGGUCCUGGAAGAGAACCAAUCCAAGCAAGGUCAAGUAAAAGCUGGCAUGGAGAAGGGUCUGCCUGUGAUAAUUGAACAAGAUCAGAAACCAACCAGUGAUAAGAGUAAUGAUGUUCAUUCUGUCGAAUUUGGUGAUAUGUAUCAGUCUGAAGAGAAGAAAAAAACAAAAAGGAAGAAAAAGAAGGGUAAAACCAAGGAGAAUGAGGGAUACAUGGACACGGAGGUACCUUUUUUGCAAAAGGAAGAAGAGAACAGAUCUGUUAUUGAGGACAAUAGUGUGGAUGCCACAUCAUAUCAAGUGAGGACCUUGUCAAAUGGAUUGAUUAUUGAAGAACUGGAAACGGGUAAACCUGAUGGAAAAAUAGCUGCUCCAGGGAGAAAGGUCAAGGUUUAUUACACCGGCAAGUUAAAGGAGAAUGGACAAAUAUUUGACUCAAACAUAGACAAAUCCCCUUAUAAGUUUCGCCUAGGUGACAAUGAAAUUAUAGAGGGGUGGAAUGUCGGUCUUGAUGGUAUGCGAGUUGGUGAUAAGAGAAGACUCACGAUCCCACCAUCAAUGGGUUACGGGAGUCAAGGCGGUGGUGAGAAUAUACCACCAAACUCAUGGCUGGUAUAUGAUGUUCAAUUGACUGGUGUUCAUCGAUAAUUUGGCUUUAGUUCAAAAUGCAGUUCUGUCUAUUUUUGUGUCCCUUGUUUUUUGUUCCAUGAUUCCCAUAAGUUUUGAGAUCUUCCUUGCAUCUAUGAAAACUGACGGAAUUCUAAAGUGGGGUAAGGUCCGAGUAGUGGUCAAUUUUGAUGUUGGCUUACAACCACAUUGCAGCUCUUGAUGAAGUUAAGGGUUGUCAGCUUUUUGGUUUUAUACUUGAAGGAUGACUGUUGUUUCUUAGUGUACUGUAAUACUGCGUGUAAAGUGUAUUUUGAGCAAGAUUUUGCCUCAAGAGUAUGACAGUGCAACAAAACAGGAGAUCUAUUUUCUGAUACUGCUCCCGGGUUUAUAAAAUUAUAGAACGAGGCAUGCGAAC